AUGACUAACGAUGACAAAUCUACAAAAGAAUAUAUGACUUACGAACCAGUAAAUGUAUCCAAGAGUAGUAAUAAAACUGGAAAAGAAAAAAGGAAUAUAAUGAUAGUGGAUGAUGAUAUUGUUAUGGAUCGAAAUUAUAAUUCAAAGAGUAGUAAUGUAAAGACCAAU